AUGCUGGAAGAUCCGCGGGAGAAGGCGUACAAGGCGGUCGCCUACUCCGCGGUCACGUUCAGCUUCGUCGCCAUUCUCAGCGUGUGCGUCUCGAUGCCCGUCGUCUUCAAUUUUGUCGACUCCAUCCACCAGCAGACGAAACGCGACAUGUCCUUCUGCAAGGUUCGUCCAGAAUCUUUCUACUUUGGAAUUUUGAGUCUAAAAUAUAUUUCUUGCAGUAGAGUUAUUUUUUAAUUUUAAACUUCAUGCGAGUGCAACUUCAGUAUGUAAAUUCAAGUUUUGGUGCUAACUGUAAUCUUAAUUUUUGAAGUUUGCUCGUAGAACAUCGAAAUCAAAAUUUAUCGGAGUUAUUUAUUCAAUGCCGACCUUUUGGAGACUGAGGAAAUGUUUUUAAGCUUUUCCUCUCAUUUCUGGUUUUCAACAGACUGUGUUAUCUAUAGUUCGCGAUAGUUUAGAACUUUUCAAUCGAAGAAAAUAACCCGAACUAUUGUUUUCUUGCUCGAUGUCAGUAUCAUUUUCUGAAAUAAUUUAUUUUCUCACGGCCUGCAAUACUUCUGGCUCCUUCUGUAUAUAUGACUCGCCUAAUCGAAAAUUGAAAAAUUGAAUAAGAAGGUGUGUAGCCGUUUUGCCAGUAAAAAGCGGCUCAAAAAAAGCCUGUAGAAAGUUUUUGCGGGGCUUUUCGCAAGUCCAGAAAUUUGCGAAGGGUUAAUAAAUUCGAGAACGGCGAUUUUUUCACAGGACCGUUCUUAGUAGAUUUUUUUCGUUAAUUUUCAUAAUUUUUUUCGUCAGGUUUUUGUAUUUUUUUAAAUCUGAUUCACUUUCAUCGGAAGGUCAAGAAAAAAACUAUGAAAAAAAAUUUUGAACAAUCUUAUAUGUGAACGAUAUUUGGGUUUCUAGUAUUAGUUUUUUUUCUGUAGCAUGAUCCUAAAAAACUUAAGAGAUUUAUGUUAAAUGAAACUAUCGAAAAACUACAUUCGGUUCACGUUCACCUCAACUGAUUUCCAGGGCUCCGUUUGUUCUGAAUUGUGUAUAGUUUUCAGUUGAUUCAGCGAUUUGGUUGAUUUUUUCCGUCAAUUUUCACUCUACGUAUUACAUCUUUUUCGCGCGUUUUUCUUUCUCAUUAGUGUCGCACAACGGCUAUUGAUAACAUUGCUAAUUAGAUCACCCAUAUACAGUGUUGCUUUGACGAAAAAAAUAAAUAAUGAUAUAUUUUUUCUUAAGUAUUUGUUUUUUUUUUAUUAGUUCAGUUUUUCGAUUUUUUCGAUUCAAACUAAAGAUCUGCAGAAUCUCUCUCAUUUUGAUAGUUUUUUAAAAAAAUAACAUUUUUCCGUUCUUCACCCUUCUAUGACAGCAUCUUCAACCGUGAAAAACCCGAAAAAAAAAACUCCUAUUUCUUCGCUCUCCCAAUUCAAAGCGGUAUAGGAAAACGCUUGAAACGGUAUAAUUAUGACGAGAAGAGGAUGUCAAGAGCUUUUACACCGUUGCAACACGUUUGGUGGCUGAAGAAGCUGCAGGGCGCGCGGUUCCAGCGCCGCGGCCGCCAAGAAUUUGCUGCAGCAACCAGAUCUUCUCCUUCUGAUUACUCAUCCGUGUCUCUCUCAUUACUCAUAAAAAGCUCAAGAAAACUUGGAACGUGAAAAAAAAAACUUUGAAAAACUUGAAAGUUCAUUAGCAUCGAAUCAUCGACUAUCAUUUUCUACAAUCGAUAUAAAUGUACUCAUUUGUAAAGUUUGCGCACUUUGGAUAUUUUUGAGAAGUUUUCCAAAUACUAUUCGCAUAUAGAUGAAUGGGCUGAAAGAAGUCCGUCAAUUUUAUAACGUUUGCCACUAAAGUCUCGAAACUUUUUCAUUUCAACUCUUUUUUUAAGGCCAAACUUGAACCUAACUAUCAAUGUUCAACUUGUUUCGCCUUCAAAUAUAUUUCAUUAGAUUAGUUUUUUAUUUCAGUCCACUUCGAAGGCAUAUUGAACCUUCACCUGAAUGGAUCAAAUACAAGUUAUUACCGAGUUGUCUCAAAUGAGCUCAAAGGUUCAAUCAAAUCUUGGUUUCAGUCAUCCGCAAGAGACAUCAUGUCGGAGAUCACGCACAAAAAGCCGAUUGUGGCGGCUUUGGCAUCGAAUGCGACGGCGAUCCGUGGCAAGCGUCAGUCCGUCGGCUGUGCAGGUUACUGUCUUCGAUUCUCAUCGAUCCUAAUAAAACUUUACUCAGGCUGCUGCAAGCCAGGCCAUCCAGGACGUCCUGGCCUCCCCGGUCGGAACGGAAAGCCCGGAACUCCCGGUGCUCCAGGAAGGCCAGGAACUCCAGGUAGACCUCCGAUCGUCUGCGAGGAGCUCGACAUUCCGCCGUGUAACCCAUGUCCUGCUGGAGCUCCAGGACCUCAAGGGCAAGCCGGACCAGCCGGAAUUCCUGGCAGGUUCGAAAAUUUCAUUUCUUUCUUUCCUCAAAUUUUCAUUGUUGAUUGAGAGUUCGGUGUCAAACUCAACGAUCUCAGUUCUAACUGGUAAAAAAUUUAUAAAAUAAGAAGUAUCUUUAAAAUCAAUGUAUUCCUCUUUGGAAGACGGAUAUAUUUAAAAUCAGUUUUCAACAAAAAUCAAAUUUUUUCAUUGUCUUGCCGAAGUUUCAUGUAUAGCUGAUUCACGGCUGGCCUGAGCCAUCAAAAAAUAGGUCCUGACACGAUAAAAAAUAAGGAUACAGGCCUGGUUUGUGGAGAGCGCAGACAGGUCACGCCCCCUUGGCGUCCCAAGUUAGCCGUGAAUCGGCGAUAAUGAUUUUGAUUUUUUUUUUUCUAGCUUUCCUAAUCUAUCUUGUGAGUCUUGAGAAAGAAAAUUAUUCGUUGAAAAAAUGUUAUAAAACUGAACUAGAACUUAAGUGAGGUAUAUAACUUUUUAUAACUAGAUUCUUAGGUUCGAUCUUAAUUUAAUUUACGGAGAUUGAAAAGUCAUGUUUUGAGCUUGAUGAAACGGUUCAGACCUGGAAACCCUGGACGACCAGGAGCGCCAGGACCACCUGGACCGAUCGGACCAAAUGGAUCUCCAGGAGAGCCAGGAAGCCCAGGAAACGACGGAGAAAAAGGAGAACCCGGAAGACCAGCACAGUCGACUCCAUCCAUUCCAGGAGACUCUGGAAACCCUGGAGAACAAGGUUGCGAAUGUGCUUUUGAUGGAACCAUCUUUCUCUUUUCAGGACCCACUGGACUUCCUGGAGACGAUGGACCGCCAGGACGCGACGGUCAGCCAGGCCAAAAAGGACCUCCAGGACCUCCAGGACCACCAGGAAACGUCGGAACGGCUGGUCCUCCUGGUAAUCCAGGUCUUCCUGGACUCCCAGGACCUCAAGGAGAACGAGGUGCGCUUUUAUGCCAUGAAAAAAGGGCAGGUUUUUCUCAGAAUUUCGAAAUAGCUCAAAAACAUUACUAUUUGUUGAGAUAAAAAUCUAUUUUUAAAAAAACUUUAUACUUCUCCACUCAUGCCGCUUUCUGCAGGAAUCUGUCCCAAGUACUGCGCGCUGGACGGUGGCGUCUUCUUCGAGGACGGAACUCGGAGAUAG